UAUUCUAGCUCAACUCUAUAUAUGUAUACUGCCUAACAUUUGUACUGAAAUUAAAAAUAAACUAUCCUAUGGGGUCAAGCAGCAAAAAGGUAAAUUUGGAGUGUGGGCCUGAUAGGCUGCCAAUUCGAUGGUAGUUGGGCCUUUCCUGGGGCUUUCCCGAUCUCCUCUGCUGAUUGUCGGGCAAACGGACUCGGGUCCGCCCUUCUCCGCACUACCGGCAACCCUGCGGGUCUUGGGUUCGCCAUUUCGCCCCGAUCCGAGCUCCGGUUCGCCCGAUCCAUGCGUAACGGUAAGUGGGCGUCGGUUCCCGCCUUCUCCGCGUCACCCGCAACCCGGCGGGGCUUGGGUCCGCGUUUUACGCCCGAUCCGGUAAUCCGACCGCCCGAUCCGCCUACUACUUCCCCCCAAAUCUGUAGAUUUGGUCGGAUCUCUCUUCCGCCCGAUCUCUUCUCCUCUCCGUCUCCGGCUACGCCCUAAGUCGCCUCCGGUUCUACUCCGCCGGCGCCUGAGCCCUUUCGUAGUCGCUUCCCGCCGGCGUUCCACCCGCACAACCUCUCGCCGGAGCGCACCGCCGAGCUCGCUCCUCGCCACCCUGCUGUUGCCCUUAUUUCUGCUCUUACUAUUGUAAAGUUGACAUUUUUACUUCCUUCCCCUGCUAACUAUUAAACUACUUAUUCUUCAGGACAUUACACCUUUUCCCUCUUCCCAAAACCCUAAUCCCAGAACCCUAACCCUCUCUCUCUCUCUCUCUCUCUCUCUCUCUCUCUCUCUCUCUCUCUCCCCAUCGAUGACGAUGCCGAAGGUUUCGGCAUUGGACAUGGAGGACGUGCCCAAGGGGAAGCUCCCGGAGCACCUCGAGCUCCAAAGGACGCGCGUCGUGUGCAAAGCCGACGCUCCCAUUCAUACAGAAGGUAUUCAGUACUCUGGGGCAUAUGCGUCGAUGGGAGUUGACAAUAGCUUACGAAUGGACAACUUCUGCAAGAAUUUUAAAAUUGAAAUUAAAUGGCUUACAGAGGACGAGAUGGAAUUUGAUAUGAUUGGAAUUGAUGCUUCAAUCGCUAAUGCAUUCAGGAGAAUCCUCAUUGCAGAGGUUCCCACAAUGGCUAUUGAGAAAGUUUUUAUGGUUGAUAACACCUCAGUUAUUGCAGAUGAGGUACUAGCUCAUAGGCUAGGCCUUAUUCCACUAGAUGCUGACCCAAGACAAUUUGAAUAUCUUUCAGAAAAUGAUGUUCCGAAUGAAAGGAAUACUAUUGUUUAUGAAUUGAAAAUAUCAUGUAAAAAGGGUUCCCCACGGCUUACAGUAAAGUCAGAUCAAUUGAAGUGGUUGCCGGACGGCAGUCAACUUCACAAGGAAACUCCUAGCCAGUCCGCGGAACCAAAAACAUACACUUCUUUCAGUGGCAAUCAACUAGAAGUCUCUAAGAAGCCCUUGGGAGUGACGUAUAAAGAUAUUAUUCUUGCUAAGCUUGGUGCAGGACAGGCCAUUGAGCUUGAGGCACAUGCAGUGAAGGGUAUCGGCAAAGAUCAUGCCAAGUGGUCUCCAGUUGCUACAGCGUGGUACAGAAUGCUUCCCGAGGUUGUAUUUCUGAAAGAAGUUACUGGGGCUGAUGCGGAGGAGCUCGUAAAGAAGUGUCCGGUUAAUGUUUUUGAUAUUGAAGACCUCGGAAAUGGUAAGAAGAGAGCAGUAGCAGCAAGACCACGAGCCUGCACCCUCUGCAGAGAAUGCAUCCGGGGGGUAACUGAAGAAGCCGUGGAACUUAGGCGCGUCAAGGAUCAUUUCAUCUUUACCGUUGAAUCUACUGGAGCUCUACCUCCGGAAGUGCUUUUCACCGAAGCUGUGAAGAUCUUGGAAGAGAAGUGCAACCGGCUGAUAACCGAACUUUCCUAACACCCCCCUCCAGGUCUCCAGUAACUAAUGUAACGAGUUCGAUGCAUUAAACGCAAACCGGAGUUUCGCGUUCGUCGGAAACGUAACAUGUUAGCAAAAUAUAAUCAGAAACUUUUUAUGUUACCAUUUUUGGAAAGAGUGAUUAAUCUGUGUAAUAUAUGCUUAAACAUACCCCCUUUUUUUUCUCUUCGGUUCUUGGUUGGAUUGUUCCUUUUGAGCUUACACAAUUUUGGUUAUAUUAAGUUACUAUCACA